GGGAGGAGCGCGGCUCCACUAGCUCCUUUGCCAGCGGAGUCCUCCCAUCCUUGCCCAGCUAGUGUGGUGCUCGUGUUUCCGCACCUCGUCGCGGAGAGUCGCUGCCGAGUGGGCGCUCGGUGUUCGGGUCGUCAUGGCUGGUUACGAAUACGUGAGCCCGGAGCAGCUGGCCGGCUUUGAUAAGUACAAGUACAGUGCUGUGGAUACCAAUCCACUCUCUCUGUAUAUCAUGCAUCCAUUUUGGAACACUAUAGUAAAGGUAUUUCCUACCUGGCUGGCUCCAAAUCUGAUAACCUUCUCUGGCUUUCUGCUGGUUGUAUUCAAUUUUCUACUUAUGGCAUACUUUGAUCCUGACUUUUAUGCUUCAGCACCAGGUUACAAGCAUGUCCCUGAUUGGGUUUGGAUUGUAGUGGGCAUCCUCAACUUCAUAGCCUACACUCUAGAUGGUGUGGACGGAAAGCAAGCCAGGAGAACCAAUUCCAGCACCCCUUUAGGGGAGCUUUUUGACCAUGGCCUGGAUAGUUGGUCAUGUGUUUAUUUUGUUGUGACUGUAUAUUCCAUCUUUGGACGAGGACCAUCUGGUGUCAGUGUUUUUGUUCUUUAUCUCCUGCUGUGGGUCGUUUUGUUUUCUUUCAUCCUGUCCCACUGGGAAAAGUAUAACACAGGGAUUCUUUUCCUGCCGUGGGGAUAUGACAUUAGCCAGGUGACUAUAUCUUUUGUCUACAUAGUGACUGCGAUUGUGGGAGUUGAGGCCUGGUAUGAACCUUUCCUGUUUAAUUUCUUAUAUAGAGACCUAUUCACUGCAAUGAUUAUUGGUUGUGCAUUAUGUGUGACUCUUCCAAUGAGUUUAUUAAACUUUUUCAGAAGCUAUAAAAAUAACACCUUGAAACACAAUUCAAUCUAUGAAGCUAUGGUUCCCUUUUUUUCUCCAUGUUUGCUAUUCAUUUUGUCUACAGCAUGGAUCCUUCAGUCGCCUUCAGAUAUUUUAGAGUUGCAUCCUAGAGUAUUCUACUUUAUGGUUGGAACAGCCUUUGCCAACAUAACAUGUCAGCUGAUUGUUUGUCAAAUGAGCAGUACCCGGUGCCCAAGUUUGAAUUGGUUACUGGUCCCUCUUUUCUUGGUUGUCCUGGUGGUAAACUUUGGAGUAUCCUCUUAUGUUGAGAGCGUUCUCCUGUAUACUUUAACAGCUGUUUUCACUCUGGCCCACAUCCAUUAUGGAGUACAAGUGGUAAAGCAGCUGAGCAACCAUUUUCAGAUUUAUCCCUUCUCAUUGAGGAAACCAAACUCGGAUUGACUAGGAAUGGAAGAAAAGAAUAUUGGCCUGUAAUCUACAGAAAAAAAGUACUGUAAAUAAGAUGCUUGUAAAUAUUUCAUCCAUCACCAUUGAACUAAACUGAUGUGCUUAACAGACCUGGGAACUGAAGUGUGUAUAGUACUUGGACAGCAGGAGUGAUACAAAUGACCUGAAUUUAUGGAAUUUUGGACCUACUAACUCCCAACUUAUUUUAUUUUUAUAAAACCAUGUGGCAUUUUGGUUUAGCAUAAUGUACUUUAGACCAGCAAAAUGUUUCUAGUGAUUUUAGCUUCAUGAGUCUAUAAUGUUUUGGUUCAUACAGAGUUAAAGAUACUUUGUUUUUAUUUUUAAACUCCCCACAUUGGUUUAGGAAAACUGGUAACAUUAAGAAAACCACAAAAUGUUUUCAUAUUUGAUACUACUUUAGUAGUAGGUCUUUAGCAGUGGAAGUUAUCAAUAGCCCAAAUAUAAUAUAGGGAAAGAUAAGAGCAAGUCACCUUUAGCAAGAGAUGCCAAAUGAUUGCAGAACUAUAAUGUACAGUUGCCAAAUAGUGGUUUCUCUUUCCCAUGGAAAUGCCUUUUGUCCUCAUGUGCUAAGAGAGCUAGUAUAUAUAUAUAUUUAGAUCCUCUUGUGUUCUGGCUCUCUUUGUUUGGGAGGGAUCUUGAUAAAUGGCUUAAUUUUCUUUUAAAGAAAAAUAUCCGAUUGAGACUUAGUAGAGAGUGGGUCAUAAUUGUAGCUCACACAUUGACAUGGUUCAUCAUUUAAACAUGGCGUAUUCCUCCUCAGCUGCAAGUUGCUGAGAUUUGGUGCCUGCAAACUCUGAUUAUAUGAAUGCAUGUGACAGUCCCAGUCUUAGGAUAAUUAUUUGUAGGGAACACAGGUGAACUUCCUUAGGAGAGAAAUUUACUUUGGAGUUAGAAGUCUCAUGAGCCUCACUAUGAAUUACUGCUAUGAACCUCACUACGAAAUUAAAUUUCUGAUUCAGUUUGUCCUUUUUUUUUUUAAUCCUUUCUCCCUUUUUUCCUUCCAUCCAUCCAUCCGUCCAUCUCUUUUUUGUGGAAGAGAGAGUGCUGUGUUUUUUAUUUCAUAUAGGAUAAAGAGGUAGAAAUUCUUUCUUUCCUAAGUUGCCCACUUCCCCACUUAAAAAAAUUUUCUGAUAUAUAUGCCUUACUGAGUACCUACUCUCUUUAAUAUGACUUGGGAUAACUUUUUAGGUUUGCUGACAAACAUAAAAAUCCCUUUGACUUCAGUGUGGUGGUUUUAUAGAUCACACCUUUUCAUGAAUGUGGAUAUUUUAUUUCUUUUUGACUUUGUCUCCAUUCAGUUUGGUGGUGGUGAAAUUUACUUGCUGAUUUUCUUUUAUUUUCCACUGAAUGAAGUUUGUGCUCGAAUGAAGAGUGUAUCUUAAACCCUUUUUUUUUGGAUGGAUUGCACUUGGAUAAAAUAGGCACCACUGUGUUGAUAUGUAAUUAAAUUCUUAACCAUUAUUUAUCUAUGAAUGUGACCAUCGUUAAAUUUAAUUACAAUGUAUUCUUUUUUGAAUUUCAGUCUGCUGCUUUGUAAAAAGAACUAUGUAAUUGAUAUUUCAGUUUUUAAAUUUGUAAAUCCUAAUCAUUGUCAUCCAGGUUACUAGAAUUGAGGAGUCAAGGAGCUAACUCAUGGUUCUGUAUUCAUUUUUAAAAACAGUCCGUAAAGAUUGAGGCAUAUUUGGUGAUUUUUUUCUGAGACUGAAAAUGGUGAGAAAUCCAUGCUGGAAAAUGUGGGUAGUGAUUCCAUGUUUGUUAAUAAAUUCCCAUCAUGGAGGUCAGAGAACGAGCAAAUUUAGUAUCAGUUACUCUGUUUUUUUGUAGACCUUGUUCUUUGUCAUCUGUAAAAUUGAACUGGAUCAAGUGGUAAUUUGGGCUAGGAACAAAGCUUUGUUUGUUCUAAGGUUUCUCAGCUAAUCAUUUUACCUUUUUGUUGGCCUUGUACACAAGAAUGAGAUUAAUCUGUGUUAUAUAAGAAAAGAACUGCAAAAUAUUUAUAAAAUGACUGAUUUAGACCGCAGGCUUUCUUCAUCUUGUACAGUAUAGUUAACAAAACAAAACAAAACCUUCCAACAUAGGGUCAUGUUCUGUACUUCUGGGGCGAUUUUACCUCAAACUGUCUUUCUGUUCUUUUUUUUUUUUUCUUUUUUUUUUUAUUUAUGAUAGUCACACACAGAUAGAGAGAGAGAGGCAGAGACACAGGCAGAGGGAGAAGCGGGCUCCAUGCACCGGGAGCCCGACGUGGGAUUCGAUCCCGGGUCUCCAGGAUCGCGCCCUGGGCCAAAGGCAGGCGCCAAACCGCUGCGCCACCCAGGGAUCCCUCUUUCUGUUCUUUUUCUGUUGCAUCAAGUUUAUUUGAAAUUAUUUUGUGCCUGUACUUCAUGACCUAUUUCCCUAUAGUAAAAAAUAUGCCAUAUUUUAAUUGACACCAUUAGGUGAAAGGUGGCUGUCAACAAGGUGAGAGUGAAACUGAGUGAAUAACUGUUUCAGAAUACUGUGGACUUGUAAAUCUUCAGUGGACUGCUGACUUUUUCUUAGGUUAGUCUGCCAUCUUGAAGGGCAUCUUAAAAGCCCCCAUUUGUUGUGUAGUGAUAUUGCAGCUGAAGCAGGACUUAAUUGCAAAUAGCUCUGUGUGAAUUUGUGUCAAGCCAAUUAUCAUAACAUUUCCAAAGCAUAAAAGAUAUUUCAGGCUUAUGCAUGAUAUUUUGGGGUGAGUUUACCUCCCCAGCCUUUCUCCCAACACUGAGCUGCCUUUAAGGGGAGCAGUGGCAUGGUUGGUCGUACGUGCAUGUUUUCAGUACAUUUCAGAAUAGAGUGCCUUAGCCAGGCCAGAGGUUUGCUUUGUGUUUCUGCUGACCAAAGUUACCUAGACCUGUGAGAAGUUUCUUGUCAGGUUAUGGUAUAUGAAAAAUGUUAUUUCAUGCUUGUCAAAACAUAAUUCCCCUAUAUUUGAGGGGGGCAUGGGAUAGAAAAGUCCUUAAAAUACCUGGAUAGAGUAUGUUAUUGCUGCCUUUUCUGAUCCCUUAUUAACAUUCAUGAUCUUUAGUGCAUUGCACAUUUUAAAAUUAUCACAGUUUACACUGCCAUUCCUCCAUUUAUACAUAAUAGAUGUAGUUCAUGAGUUUUAGUCUCAAGGAUAAUAGAGUGAUUAACUUCCAAAUAAAAAGCUAGUCCUUGGCAUUUUAAUAAUAUCAUGCUUAAAUACUUUUAAUGAAUUCUAAUUUUAAAAAAGCUCCAUGCUGAUUAUGGUCUAGAAUGUUCUAGUACUAUGACCAAUGUGUCAUUUAUUUUAAUUUAGAGGUAUGGGGAAGAGGAGUAUAUGUCUAGAGUUGCCCAAAUUCUAAAUAGGUACCAAGAGAGUAUUAAUCAUGACCAGGAGUCUGGGCUUUGGGGGAAUAUGCAAAAGAAAAAGCAGGUGUAGGGUCCCCCUGAUGGAGAAGGGAUCACCUAAUGCACAAUGCCUGUCGUGCCCGAUGAUCCUAGUACAUACAGUGCAACAUUUUAAAUUGUCACAAUUUAAAUGAUCAUUAUUCCACUAACUUCAAAUUCAAAUGUAAAUUUGAAAGUUUCCUAAGUGUUCAAUUUUUAAAGAAUUUAUUUUGUAGUUGAAAAACAUUUGGAAUGUACCUUGCUUCCAAAGUAGACUUUGAUUCUGUGAUGUGUGGAAAAUAAAGAGAGAAACUGAAGGCAUUUGAAUCAAAGGCCCCUUUUCCACUUUAUAUUUUAACUAGAAGCCUGUGUGUAACUCUUCCUUUUUAUCCUUCACCUGUCCUCCCUUUUGACUUGCUACCACCUACGACAGAGACUCCCACUUGAUUUGUAGCACCUAGAUCUGCCACAUUCCAAUCUCCUUGAUUGCCUUAGGACUGGGAACAUGCCGGAGGGAACAGAGUAAACCCGAUGGGCUUUGACUUUGGGUCCCCAAAAAAGCCAAAAACAAUUACAGAAGUUUUUGGUUGUGUUGAUUCCUGUGUUCAGAGUGGCCUUUAUCUAGACCUCAGUUCUGGACUCAAUUGGAGAUUUCUGAAGUUGGAUUAGAAUUUUCUUUGUUCUAUGAGGUGUCUUUGUAAGGCAGCAUGCCCUUUCUUGAGCACCCUGUGGGUGAAUAACCUUCCUAAGUUAGCUGCCAGUAUAGAACCUUCCAGAAGGAGUUUUAAUUAGUAUGCUGCAUUUGAAGCACUUUGACAUGUACAUUUUAAGUGACAGUUUUAACAGUAAAACAGUGUUAAACUAAUCACUGUGAAACUUGAAAGUGUGAUGAUGCUCUGUACAUUUUAGGAAGCUUAAGUAAAUUUCUGAUUUUUUCCUUUAUUAUGUAAGCUGUGUGAUUUGUAUAUUUUACUUUUCAUCUUUGACAAUGGUACAGAUGACUGAUAAUAUUGGCAGGCAGUAAUCAGGGUAUAUGGUAAAUCAUGGUUGUAUAGCCUUUCCAGAGAAAGUGGUGACAUGUUACCUUCUUCCUUGUGUGGAGCCACAGGACUGGGAUUUAUUGGCUAAUUCACUGCAGUGUUUCUCACAGUGCAAAAUAAACAUAACCUAACUUUUUAACCCACAUGCCAGUAGUAUGCUUUGCUGUUCAAUAAACAAAUGUGCAAGAGGUAGUAAUCUAGCUGAUUUUGGGGCGGGGGGUUGUUUUGAAGCAGGGCCCUGCUCUUAGAUCUUAAAUGAGCUAAUAUUUAGGGAAGCAAAAGAUGUUCUGCUGUUUAUAACCCUUCUCACAGGUGGCCUGAGUGAGGGGGCUGCAUUGCAUUUGGUCAGAAAGGCCAGGUUCCCAGAAGUGGAAAGGUGGCACUUGGACUGAUUUUCGAAUAUUUUAACAAGGACUUAACUUCUGUAGGAAAGUCCAUUUGGGCAUAACAGGAUUGUCUGGUCUUUUACAGACCGUUCACAUUGUUUUCCUCUUUGCAGAAUCAUUUUUAGAAAAGUAGGUUAAAUCAGAGUGGUGCUGUUUUUAAAGCUUGUGAAUUGGAUCAUGGCCAUAUAGUACCUAACACUACAUGGGACUUAGAGACAGUAUUAAAGAUAUUGGUAUUAGCAGAGCCUGGCUAGCUCAGUUGGUAGAGUGUGUGACCCUUGUUCUCAUGAUUGUGAGUUUGAGCCCCAUGUUGGGUAUAAAGAUUACUUAAAACAAAACAAAACAAAACGAUACCAGGAAUGGCUAAAUGCUGGUGAUGCCUUAUGACUCUUUGGCUAAAGUCUUCUCUUGAGCAGUUUCUAUAGGUAAUCAGAUUAGAAUUCAUUUUUUUUUAUUAAAACAUACACAAUUUGCCAUGAGUUCUGUAUUCUGAUAUUCUUGAUAAGCACUUUUAUCUCUAAAGAGUAAUUUCUUGACCUUACUUGGAACAUGCUUAGUUAGUAUUUGAUGCUACUAACCUGUUAAUGGGAGUUUUCAUUUUGCAAGAUCUCUGCGUGUUGCGCUUUAAAUCUGUUUGAAUUAAUAGUAUCAUACAAAAAAAAUAGUAUCAUACAGCAUCAGACUUUAACAACUGCUAAUAAAUCUGCCCACAAUAUUAACAUUGUAGGUUAUUUUGUUUAGAUAACUUACCCAUUGGCUUUUAAGAGACAAAGUCCCAGCUAUGUGUAAUGAAUGACUUGCUUGUUCCAGAAUGUGCCAAGAAAGCAGACUUCAGUAUUAAACUCCAAAUUUCAAUUGUUCUUUUAAAAGUAGCAUUACCUCUGGGUAAUGCAGUGUGAGGUAAUGCUCACACACAGUGAAUGAUUCACACACAGUGAAUGAUUGCCCAGGUGCAGACUCCCUACUGCCGACCUUCUUCCCUGCUCCUCCCAUCCAACGUGCUAGGUUAAAUUUGUAGCUGCCUGUAGGAAAAAAAGUUGAGAUUUUUCUGAGUAAGACUUUAUUCCAAGAGAAAGUGACAGGAAUCACAGCAAAAUCAAUUACUGAGUUGUGUGGCUUGGACCUGUUGUAGUUUGCUUUCUGUAGUAUUCUGAAACAAAAGGAUGACUCCCUUCUCAGGUACCUAGAAACAAUACCACUUAAGAAACUGGAAUGUGUUUGCAACAACUAGAAUAUAUUAGAGUAGAAGAUAAAGGGGAGCACAAAAUCGUUUCUUUUCUCUUUCAAGUAGUUUAAUUGAGCAUAUUCAUAAUUGGUCUGUCUAGAACUUGCUGUGUUCAUAGUAAAUAAUAUAGCAUUUAUUUUUAUCUGGUUAUGUGUGCCGUGUGUGUAUAUACAUAUUUAAUAUGUACACAUAUUUUCUGCAUUAUACGUAUGGUACAUUCAUAUAUACAUGCAGUCUAUUCUUGAUUAUCUGCAGAAUGGUAAGCCAUCAUUAGAUUGUUCUCUUCUUGUUGACCUAGCAUGUAGCCCAUAACUCUGUGAAGCCUCUACCUUAGCUGGAGCCCCAUAGUCUUUCCUAUUUGCAGUUCAUCUCAAUCCCCAAGGAAGGCCCUUGAAAUAUGUCACUUUCUGUUUCCCUUUCACCAGGAAUUGUGAGUGAGAAGGAUAGCUGCUUCCACCAGGUUUGAGGCUUCUGGCUCUGAGUGAUGACGGGGCCCAUUCCUGGCCUGAAGGCAGCUCUGGGAACAGUUGUGCUCAGGGGUUUGAUGGGGGAAGAAAUCUAGCCCUUGCAGAAACGGGGCUUCAUAACUCGCUUAAAUUCCUUAGCUGCAGUGUUGUGAAGCCUUAGAUGAUUUGAUGCACAGAUUACAACUAUGCAUUUCACUGUUACUUUUGCAUCAUUGGUAUUACUGUGCCCUAUUGCUAGCCCAGAUAAUCAAGAUCUGACUGUUUCUUGCCACUGGAUUCUGGAAGCCUUGCCCUUUCAACUGGAGUUAUGUUUAUUUCUGCUGCUGUGAACCUCAAAAGUAAUGCAGUAGGUUUUAAUUUAAAAUUGUUUAAUUCUAUUAUUGAUAAAUAUUUAUUGUAAUAAAAGUAAAGAGUAAAUAAUUUUUAAAUCCUUUUAA